AUGGAAAAGACAUCAAAACACAAAUAUGUUAAGGAUCGCACCACGGGACAAAAGUAUCGAAUGGAUGGAUAUCUUCUAGCUGAUGAUCUUCCAAAACAGGAAGAACUUAAACGCGACUUUUCAACAAUAAUAAAAUAUAAGAUUGACCAAGUACCGGCGAAAGUGGAUUUAAGAAAAUAUAUGACGCGUGUUGAACAACAAUACAGCCUUAGUAGUUGUGUUGGAAAUGCAGUUGUCAGUGCAAUGGAAUAUCUGGUUAAAAGACGUACGAGCAAAGAGGUUAAUUACAGUCGUUUAUUCUUGUAUUAUAAUGCUCGUACAGGGUUACCAGUAAUGAAAGAUCAAGGAUGUAAAAUACCAGAUUGUCUUGAACACUUAUAUGAAAUUGGUUGUUGUUAUGAAAAAAUAUGGCCAUAUGUUACAAAUAAGGUGAAUGUAAAACCAUACAAGACCGCUUAUAAGCAGGCGAAAAUGCAUAAAAUUGGUUCAGCAAUGAAAUUAAAAACUGAUUUAAAUGAAAUAAAAAUUUGUCUUGCUCAAGGUUUUCCAGUAGUUUUUGGUCUCAGAACUCUUCCAUCAUUUCAUAAGGCAUUUGGCACUGGUAUUUUGAAGGUACCAACAGACGAGGAAAUUGCAGCCGCUAAGAAUAAGAAUGAAAUAAGUGGCCAUGCAAUGCUCAUUGUGGGUUACUCGGAUAAAUCAAAAUCAUUUAUUGUACGAAACUCUUACGGACGGAAAUGGGGCGAUCGAGGUUACUGCUAUAUCGAGUACGACUAUAUAUUAACUGCGGAUCAAAUGUGGAUUAUUAGAGAAAAUUCACAAGAUAAUGGCUUUGAACCCGCUGACACUUGGGAUAAUAAAGAUGAGAUUGAUUUAAGAGAACGUGCUAUAUCUCGUAACAAAUUUCCUCAUGAUGUUGCUAUUGUAGAAAGAGAGGAACCAGAACCACCAGUAGGUGAUCAAUAUUACGAUCCACCUGAACUUGAAUAUACCAAUAAUAGCAAACAACGUGUCUCUAAUGGCAGUGAUGGACAUUUUGGUCGCUAUAGUGACUACAGACAUUUUGGUGGCCGUGGUGACUACAGAAAUUUUGGUAAUCAUAAAGAUUCUGAUAGUGAAGAUUACGAAGAUUCUGGUGGUAAAGAUUAUGAAAAUUUUGGUGGUGAAGGUGGAUUUGCCCAGUUUGGUGGUGGUAAUGAAUUUGGCCAGUUUGAUGAUGAUGAUGAAUUCGGUCAGUUUGAUGGUGAUGAUGAAUUUGGUCAGUUUGGUGAUGAUAAUGAAUUUGCCCAGUUUGAUGGUGAUGAUGAAUUUGGCCAGUUUGAUGGCGAUGAUGAAUUUGGUCAGUUUGAUGAUGAUAAUGAAUUUGGCCAGUUUGGUUUUGAUAAUGAAUUUGGCUUUGCUGGUGGAGAUGAAUUUAGGCAGUUUGGUGGUGAUAAUGAUUUUGGCUUUGCUGGUGGUGAUGGUGGAUUUGAUCACUUUGGUGGUGAUAAUGGAUUUGGCUAUGCUGGUGGUGAUGGUGGAUUUGGCCAGUUUGGUGGGGAUAAUGGAUCUGGCUAUGCUGAUGGUG